AGUGCUACUACAAUCCAGCAAGAGACUGAGAGGGAAACAGAACAAAUUCUAAACGCCAUAUUACUGGAUGGUCCUUAUCUCCGCUCGUACUUGUACCAUUUUUGAGCUUUUACACUGGAUACAAAGAGGGAGAGAGGAGGCUAGGGGACAUCACACGAUCCGGUCAUAAUCUUUUUAUCGCUGUUGCCCCACGAGAAGAGAGAAAGGGGACGAUCAAUCAUGCCAUCGGGUGCGAAGAAGAGAAAAGCAGCUAAGAAAAAGAAGGAACAGCAGUCCAUCAAUAACAGCAACAAUUCUUCUUCUGUCGACAAUAGUAGCCCUCGAGGAAAUGAUGAUCCAAAAAGCCAGGAUGAGAGGGAGAGCGAUGGUGGUGAGGUUGGUUCCCCUGCAUCACGGGAACACAAUAGUGAGCAGCAUUCAUUUAAUGAGGAGAAUGAAGAAUCUGAGAAGACAGACUCAUCGUCAUUUGCCUCUGAAUGCAAGCCUGUUGAGGGAGUCGCUAAGGAUGCAGAAGGAAGCCAAAAAGUUGGAGUAGAGGAUGACACUGUUGUUACAACUGAGAGAGAACUGAACCGUGAACAGUAUAUGGAGAGUAAAGAAGUUAGCGUGGAGCAUGUUGAGUCUGCAAAGGAGUCGCAUGAUGGAGAUGACAAAAGCUCUAGCAAUAGUAGUUCUGAUGAUGAGUCUCGAGUUUUUGACAUGAAAUGGAAGGAGGAAGCCCAUAAUUCAGCUUCCGGUAACAUGGAAAAGGUAUUUCCUGAAGAGGAGACACAGGUUUUGGAAAUUGAAAAAUCAAUUAAGGAAGCAACUGGUAAUUCUGUUGCAGAUACUGCCCAUACUGUUGUUUUGGUUACACCUGUGGUGCCUCUGUCUGAUGUGGCAAAACAUGUGAUGGAAGGUGUUGAAGUUGAGAAUUCAGAGGUUCUGUGUGUUGUUGAACCAGGGUUAAAAGAAAAUGAGGAUAAAUUGCUACUGGAGUCCAGUGAUGUUGUAUCUAGUUUGGUACCAAAGAAAAAUAAGGAUAGCUUUUUCUCCCUUUUGGAUGAAAAUGUUGGGCCAUCAACAAAUGUUGUUAGUUCUACUGUAAAUGGAAAUGAGAAUAAGGUAUUGACAUCGCCAGGUGCUCAUAGUUCUGAAACUAGCAUUUAUGCAGAAAAUGUCAAUGACUUAGGGACUUUGAAUGGUACUGUAAUUGGAAAUGAGGCUAAGACGUUAACAUCAUCAGGGACUUGCACUUCUGAAACUAGUAAUGAAACCAAUAAUACCAAAGAUACAAGGAUUUCUGAGUAUACUGAAACCCAGCCUCUUGUACCUCCAGCUGCACAAGUAUCACAGAGAACCUCCUGGACAAGUUGCUGUGGUUUAUUUGAUGUUUUUACUGGCUCCAACAGAUAAUUUCAGAAACAGAGCAUGCUAGUGCUCCAAUGGACUGAUAAGUUCAUGAAACUUGAGAAGGAUUUAGCUAGUAGAAGUUUGUAGUAGCUCAGAUUGGAGUCUUGUCAAAAAGUUUUCCCUAUAAAUAAUGGGCAAGAAACCUGGAUAGACAUACAAUUAUCGUACACUGCAAAUAGUGAUAUUGUCAUCAUUGGUCGGCUGCUUGGUUUACUGUGCUUAAUUUUCUUUUCUAUUGAUUUUCCGUGUGUUUAUAGACAGCGUGUUGUACGUAUUUCGUUUUGCAUUUCAGGCGGAUGUAUGGCUUCAAAACUAACACUUUUAGUAUGAGAUCAAUGUUGUCUCUUGAUUAUUGCAAAUUUCAGUGGCAUCAGUUGAA